CGAGUAAUAUUAUAACCAUUGAUGAAGGCCACAUUAAUUUCGUACUAUGUUCCGUUAUGUGACCGAUUGAAAACUAUAUCUGAUCUGAACAAUACCCUUCUAGAACAUGAAUUUUAAUUCUGUUUUAUCGUUUCGCAAAAAAAAGAAAGAAAACGAAGAAGAAAUGGAAAUCUAAAGCAAUUUUGAUUAUUCAAUUUGAAGAUCAAAAAUUUUCAAUUCAAAUGAGUAAGAGGAAGAAUCUUUCAAUAACGAUGUUUAUUCAUACCGGAGUCGAACAGCUACAAAACAAUGAAGAAAAUAUUUCAUUCUUUGAAUACGAAUAGCAAAAUACAUAAACUCGAUUUACAUAAAUUAUCAGGUUGUGAUGUAGAAAAAAUCAUAAUAACUUCAGAAUAAAAUUAAAAGACGGUGCGUUACCGCCGCUGAGAAUUCAUCGAUGUGGUUACGUGUGUACGUAUACAACUGGAUUAUUGAGAAAAUAAUAAUAAAAAAAAAAUCAGCAGAAUGUGCUAACCAACCGAUACGGAGAAGUAUUAAAUUACACUGUUAAUAUUCAUAUUCUCGAAGCGCAACAUAGAACAUUAUUCAUCUUCACUUUAUCUGAACCAUAGCCGAUUAUAAACUUGCUGUCAGAAUAUAUGGAACGAUUUCGAUCGCUUGGAUACAUUGCUGCAAUGGUUACAAGAAAUUAUAUUAUUACCUCAGCCAUGCAUAUAUGGUGGAGUUUAUAAAAUAUUCCACUCUCCAGCCUGUGUUACACAAACACAAUGUAAUAUCGUAUUGUGUAAUCGUCGGCAUCAUAUGAAGUAUAAAAAAAAGUAUAUUGAAAAACAGGGGAGUCAAGAGUAAUGUUAAUGUUCAAGCACAAAUACUAGCACACCACAAAAUACAAAAUAUUUUAUAUAACAACACUCAGAAUGUUGAAUAUAUUUUAAAUGCGGUGGAUGGAUGCGGAUGGUAAGGUAUAGUGAGGUACAACGACCAUACGCUAUGUACCUACAUAUAAAUGAGAAAAUACUUGUUGGUAUGAAUACUUUUUUUUGUCAUGAUUCGACGCAGUAGAUGAUGUCUAGGUAUUUUGGAAUCCUCUUGUGCUCUCUGUACAUACCGUGUACGUAUUACCUACAGAACCAAGUCGAUUUUAUUUCAGUCUUCGUACAGUCUUCGCUUUAACCCGUUCCAAUCUAUCCGCCGUUCUUAUACAUUAAUAAAUUGUAUUCAGACAUAUAAAAAAAAAAUUCAAAUAAAAUAAAACAAUUUUGAGUAAGAAUAUCAAAUUGAAAUGUUUUUUAUGAAACGAGGGUUUAUAUGAAAAAUAAUAAUAAAAAAGGACUUUGAAUUUAACAUCUUCACUCAAUCAGCAUUAAAAAUCGAAAAUUAUAAAAAUACAUAAAGGCUAUAUAAUAAAGGCAAAUUAAAACAAAUCGAGUAAACACACAACAAGUAUAAAAAUAACAAGCUCAUUGCUGCUGUUGUUCUGUUAAAACGAGAUAUAAAUAACCAGUUUCGUUUUACAUCUUCGGACGGAAGAAUCAUCUUUUUUUAUUUAAAAAAUAAAAUUUAUUUUUUUUAAUAAAAAUAAAAAACAUUUUUUAAACCGAUUUAACAAUAAAAUAAUCUGCAUAAAAACAAAUUUAAAAAACAAACGUCAUCUCCGUUCGACAAACCGACAAAAAUUUCUCCAGUAUCCUUUCACCAUUUCAAUCCCAAAAUUUCCUUGCACUUUUCCGAUUACUUAAAUUUUAUCAACAAACGUACGAACAAACUAAGUAAAAAAAAAAUUUGGUUUUAUUUUUGUUAAAAAGAAAAUAAUUUUUCACAACUAAAAAUUUAAUAAAAGCUUUGAGUAAUUUUAAAAGAAUUUUUUGCUAAAUAAAACAAAAUCAAUUAUCGACUUAUAUAUAUUAUAUAAAGAAAAACAUACAAUCGCGGUCAAGCAGUAUUAAAUUUCGUACGAAAUAGGCCCUAGUAGUGAAACAGUGCAAUAUAUUUUUGUUAUAUAUAAUAAAAAAAAGAAGAAGUAAAUUACCUGACACAUUAGUAAAGAAGAAGAAGAAAAGUUUUUAUUUUUAAAAUUUGAUAUCAGUUUUUGUUUUUAUUUUGCUAAAAGAUAAAAAUUGACAUACACAAUCAUCCGUCGUCACCAAAGAAAAAUGUAAUUAUUAUUGUUAUUAUUUUGAAAUAUAUAAAUCAGAUAAUUAGAGAAAAAGAGUAAAUAAUUUAUUGUUGUUAAACUAAAGAGAAAAAAAAUAGAAUUCAGAGACAUUGGAUGAAAAAAAGGUAAAUGAUUAAUUAAUUGAAUUGUAUAAUCGGUGUCUGUGCAAUAUAUAAAUUUAGUGUACUUAAAAAAGAAGAAGAAGAAGAAAAAAGAAUUACAAAUCAGAGGAAUUAUUAUUGAAAGUGUACCGUCUACAUAUCAAUCAUAUUUAUUAUUAAAGAAAAAAAAUUCUUUAAAUCGUUUUAACAAAAAAAAAUAUUUAAUUCGGCAUACGGAAUAUUUAUUCGAUGGAAUAAGAAAAGAUAGAGAGAGGAGAGAGAGAACAAAAAAAAACAGCAACUUACUCUCACCUGAUUAGAUAAAUAAAUAUUUGCAUAAAACAAUUAGGCGGUUAUAUUUACUCAUCCGGUGAGAAUAAACUUUACAGAAACGAUAUUCAGUUCGCCGUUCGUGAUUUCAGUAAUAAAGUCAAUAUUAAUAGUAUUAUAUUAACUAAGGAAAAAAAACUAUUUAUAGGAAUAGGUAAAUAAGAUUUUUGUUUUCGUUUCGUUUUUUAUAAUUACAAGAAAAAAAACAUAAAUUACAUUACAUUAUCAAGAUACUUAAUCAAGUGCAUAAACUAUAUUAUGUAAAAGUAUCUCAUAAGUAACAGGAUCGCGUUUUGACAAUCACAAAGUCAUUUUAGCAUUGUAAGGUAAAAAAAAAACAAUUUAAUCAAUCAAUAUAUCAAUCAAUAUAUAGUAUAUUCUUAACCUAUGACAAUCGUAUGUCGGACAAAUCUUUUAUAGUAAUUUAAACUUUCUCAUACUUCUAUACAUUACAUAUAUAUACAUUAGGCGUACAUAAUAUUGGAUGUUACGUAGUUUUGCACGAAAACAAACUUACUUAUAAAGAAUUCAGUUUAAUCUUUUAAUUAUCUUUAGCUUGGACUAGUACGAUAUAGAUCUUCUUAAAAAAAAAUACAUUGAACAUCAAUAUUAAUAACAAUUUACAUUCACUCGUCAUUCAUAGUAAAAUUCAUUUUGCUACUUAAGGACGGGAAAAGAGAAUUUGAAUUAAAUACAGAAAAAAAAACUUUUCAAAUCAUAAAAAAAUAGAAAAAAUUUAUUAAAACAAAGACGUAUCCACUCCAAAACGAAAAAAAAAUAUUCUCGUCACAUACGUUAAUUGAAAAUUACACAACUGGAGUUCUACUAUAGGAAAGUAAUAUUCAACACAAUAUGUGUUUUGUGGUCGUUCCUCUUUGCAUUUGAUUAUAUAAUUCCAUAAAUAGAUUUUUUCCGGUAUAAAGUGCGUAUAUAUAUAUAGUUAUCUAUUCCUCUAUACGUGAGCACACAAAAAAGAGACCCGUAUAAAUAAAUAAUUUCACCAUAUAAAACACAGUCAAUAAUCUACUGAAAGAAAAACACACAAAGUGUACAUAAAUAAACUUAAACGUUCUGUAGAAUCAGGGGUUAAUCGCCGUGUGACGUAAACAAACUCGUUUAUUAUUACCCCACCGCAUUACCUUUGACUGGUAAUUAAAUAUAUUCCGAGCGCACAGCAGAGAGAACCUGUUGCACCCAAAACACAUUCUAUAUGAAAAUUAAAUAUUUUUUAUUCGAAAACAAUUUGUAGGUACACUUCAAUUUGCGCCAUUUUGAACAAGAAAGCAGUCGUAACAGAUUGUACGAACAAGCCACUGAAAAUUUUCAAAUCGUGUUUUCAAUAAAUAAAAUAUUUACUCAUAUUGAGAGAGAGAUACGCAAAGCUUUUAUUAAAACUAAAGAAGACGAAGAAGAGAACGGAAUUGUAAUAACAAAGGAAAAAUUAUAGAAACCAAAAUUUUUUUUAACCAAACAAAAAAAGACAAGAAAUUAACAUCUACUUGAGACAUUUCUAUCACAACGUAUUUCCCACCGGGCCUCGCAAUUUGUCCCCCCUAUCUGGCACCACCGUUGUCAGCAAACAAUUACACCCAAAAUUUGGUUGUACCACAACAGCAUUUUCAUCAUCAACAGCAAGCCCAAUCAAAUACUAUCCAACAUCACCAACACAAUAAUCAUCCGAACCCAUCAUUGGCCCUAACUCCACAUCAAUCCUUUGUACCAUCAAUCUUAUCCUCAGCCAAUUCUACCACAAACAAUCACCAAUAUUCAAAUAUCCAUUUAAAUCCUACACAAAAUCCUACGUCAACAAUACCAUUGUGCUAUUGUGGUUAUUGUUGUCCUCAACCAGUUGUCAGUGCUAUAACGCCAACGUUAAUACUAAGUCGUUAUACGGAAAUAAAUUUGUGUGAUUCGUUUUCGUUAAGAAAUCAAGGAACUGCCAUCAACAAUAACACAAAUUGUUCAGCAGUUUAUCUAAACACAACAAAUAUCAACAACAAUAAUAACAACAACAGCAGCAACAACAGUAACAACAAUCACCAACCGAUAAUUAUCAACAGCAACAGCAGUCCAUACAACAACUGUAAAGACAUAAUGGUAAGAUUAGUAAAUCAAUCUUCUGAUUAUACAGAACCAUUAUUUCAAAAGAUCAUGCCCGUCUACUGUCCAAAUUAUUAUCACCACACAAUAAAUAAUAAUUUACACACACCACUCCAACAACAACAACCAUCAGCGACAACUACUUCAAAUAAUAUGUUUGUGCACUACAAUUUAAAUAACAAAUUGAUUUGUGAAAAUUUGAAACAUGUCGUCAAUGUUGGUGGUACUGCAGCUGCUAAUAUCAUCGAUAAUAGUGGUUGUAGUGCUACGGCACUAUGUAAUCCUUCUACCACUGCUGCUAUGAAUUAUACAAGUUCAACAUUUUCUUCGCCUACCACUAUUACUUCGUAUUAUCCUUGCAAUAAGAGAGGUAGCGACGAACUUCUUAGUCAAGCAGCAGUUAUGGCACCAGCUUCAGAUAAUAACAAUCAAGAUCUGGCGACAAAAAAAGCAAAAUUAGAAACAAAUUCCACAGUACUCGGCGGUGUUGGCAAACCGUCAAGGGUUAUUCACAUCAGAAACAUACCGAAUGAAUCAAGUGAAACUGAAGUUAUACAAUUGGGUGUUUCAUUUGGACGGGUAACAAAUGUGCUAGUGCUUAAGGGUAAAAACCAGGCAUUUUUAGAAAUGGCCGAUGAGGUGUCUGCCGCCGCAAUAGUAGCCUGCUUCAAUAACAAUCCACCCCAGGUUCGUGGUAGAACCGUCUAUGUACAAUUUUCCAACCAUCGUGAAUUAAAAACAGAUCAGAGUCAUUCGGUUGCGGCGCCUCUUGUUCUUGGACUUUUGAAAAACCAUGGGAAUAUCAGUUUAAAUAACACAACCGUAGCAUUACAAAAUCAAGAAUUUGCCGUUACAUCGCCGUCAUCCGGAUCUCCGUUGCCAAUAUCAGGAACUGAUCCAAUAUCGCACAGUGUCCAGGGGACACAGACUGGUGGACCGAAUACAGUUCUCAGGGUUAUAGUUGAAUCAUUGGUGUAUCCAGUUUCAUUGGAUAUUUUGCAUCAAAUUUUCCAACGUUUUGGAAAAGUACUGAAAAUUGUAACAUUUACAAAAAAUAAUUCAUUCCAAGCUCUAAUUCAAUAUCCCGAUGCGCAAACGGCUCAACACGCCAAAGCUGUAUUGGAUGGACAAAAUAUCUACAAUGGGUGCUGUACCCUUCGAAUCGACAAUAGCAAACUAACCGCAUUGAAUGUUAAAUACAACAAUGACAAAUCUCGAGACUUUACUAAUCCAUCGUUACCGCCCGGCGAACCUGGAGCCGAUCAAUUAAUUGCUGGUGCUGGCGGAUUAGUGAAUGCUAAUGACUUAUUGUUGAUAGCAGCAUCGCGUCAGAGGCCAACACUAACAGGUGAUAGUUUAGUCAAUGGAUUAGGUGCAACUGGUGUCUUACCUCCGUUCGCUCUUGGUUUGGGAACUCCGUUGGGCGGUGCUUAUGGUGGAGGCGGAAUUCCUAGCCUUGGAGCAUUUGCCUUGGCAACAACUGGUGCUUUAGGCUCUGCAAAUCCGGCGGCUUUGAGAGGAUUUUCGAACGUCUUACUUGUGUCAAAUCUGAAUGAAGAGAUGGUCACGCCUGAUGCUCUAUUUACCCUCUUUGGCGUCUAUGGUGAUGUACAGCGCGUAAAAAUUUUAUACAACAAAAAAGAUUCAGCAUUGAUUCAAAUGGCUGAGCCACAUCAAGCAUAUUUGGCAAUGAAUCAUCUAGACAAAUUGCGUUUGUGGGGCCGAUCCAUUCGUGUUAUGGCUAGUAAACAUCAAGCGGUUCAGCUGCCGAAAGAGGGACAACCCGAUGCCGGUCUAACAAGGGAUUAUGCACAAAACCCGUUGCAUCGAUUUAAGAAGCCUGGAAGCAAAAAUUAUCAAAACAUUUAUCCACCAUCAGCGACACUGCACUUGAGCAACAUUCCAGCAACUGUUACAGAAGAAGAAAUUCGUGAGGCGUUCACUAAAGAUGAAUUUGAAGUUAAGGCGUUCAAAUUUUUCCCUAAGGACCGCAAAAUGGCUUUACUACAGCUGGGUUCCGUGGAGGAAGCUGUUCUGGCUUUGAUUAAAAUGCACAAUCAUCAACUUUCCGAAUCGAAUCAUUUGCGUGUUAGUUUUUCGAAAUCGAACAUAUAAAAUAUUAACGAAGAUGAUAAAGUAAAAUAAAUAAAUAAAAAUCUAAAAAAAAUAUUGUCGAAAAACACAAACAAACAAAACUGCUCCGAAUAUAUUUAAUGUUGGACAAAGCCAAGAGCAGUGGAUAAUCAUAAGAUUCGAAAAGAAAGACGAAUAUGGAUGGAAAUUAAAUCUGAAAUUAUUAAAAAUGGAAAAGAUAAAAAACGAUUAAAAACAA